AAUACAUCUAUAAAACACAUGCUUACCUCCAUUUCAAAAUUCAUUAAAUUCAAAAUGCAUAAAUUACUAGGUUUUCUCCUUCUGUAUCUCUCCGUCUCCACUCUAGCUUCAGAUCCAGACCCUGUCAUGGAUUUCUGCAUUCCAUCAUCCACGAGCGCCUGCGAAAACCCGACGCUGGCAACGCCGGAUGACUUCGUGUUUACCGGCAUAAGAUUAGCCGGCAAUUUCUCGGACACUGGGCUAUCAUCGUCUCCAGUAAACCACGCCGUGUUCCCGGGGCUGAACACGCUGGGAAUGUCGGCGGUGCGUGCAGAUCUGAAGCCCGGCGGGAUCAACCCACCACAUUUCCACCCUAGGGCGACGGAGAUGGUGUACGUGCUACACGGGAAGGUGUACGCAGGGUUCGUGGACUCCACGAACCGCGUGUUCGCCAAGGUCAUCAAGCGGGGAGACGUGAUGGUGUUCCCGAGAGGACUGGUUCAUUUCCAGAUGAACGUCGGGAAAAGGCAGGCGACUGUAUUCGGAUGCUUCAACAGCCAGAAUCCGGGGACGCAGAAGAUUCCCAAUGUUCUGUUUGGUUCGGGAAUCAGCGAUGUGCUUCUGGAGAAGGCGUUUGGGUUGAGCAUUAAGCAGAUUAUAAAGAUGAGGAGGAGAUUCUUGCCUAAACCUCAUCACUAGGGCUACCAAUCAUGCAUCGAUUUUCAAUCUGUAACCAUCCAUUCAAAUGCAAUUCUUCUAUUUGCUGUACAA